AUGGAGGUGGUAUUAGAGGAAUUAUUCUUGAGUUUCUUGAAUCUCAACUUCAGGAAGGGGUAUGGGCCAGAUCCCCACCUAGUCCCAGGAACAAGUACAGGAGGUCUACUAACAGCCAUGUUAACUGCUCCAGAUGAAACUAAUCGUCUACUAUUUGCAGCUAAAGAUGUUAAACCUGGCUUAUUUGGCUGGGUUGGACGACUAUUGACAUUUUUAUUUGGACCCAAGUACGAUGGAGAAUACCUUCACAAAAUUAUAAGGGAGAUACUAGGAAAGACUCGAUUGCAUGAUGCCUUGACUAAUGUCGUAAUUCCAACCUUUGAUAUCAAAAAUAUGCAUCCAAGAAUUUUCUCCACAUAUCAGAACCAGUAUAAACAAAGUGAUGUUUGGGAAUUCAACCUCAUAGACGGUGGUGUUGCUGCCAAUAAUCCGUCGAAGGUAGAAAAUAAAUAUAAUGCCAAAAAGGCAGCCAAAUGGGUUCUUUUAGGAUGGUUGCUGAAUGGAGUUUCCAAUCCAAUAGUGGAUGUUUUCACUCAAGGCAGUGCUGACAUGGUGGAUUUACAUAUUUCUGCUGUUUUUCAAGUACUCUAUUCUAAAGAAAAUUACCUUAGUGACGUCGGCUCCAUCAUCGUGCUAUCUAACAAAUCAACAUCACUCGACUCGAAUCCUCCUGCAUCACUUAGAAUCCAAGAUGACACGUUGACGGGAAUAACUUCCUUCUUUGAUGGAGCAACGAAGGAGAACUUGAACAAACUAGUCAAAAUUGGGCAGAGAUUAUUGAAGAAAGCAGUUUCGAGGGUUAAUUUGUAUUCAGGUCUAUUCGAGCCAAUUGAAAAGGGUGGAACAAAUGAGGAUGCUUUGAAAAAGUUUGCGAAAUUACUUUCAGAAGAAAGAAGGCUCCGGAAAUUUAAAUCACCUUUGAACAAGAAAUGCUCGAAAUAG